GUUCUACAUUAAUCUCGAACAUUCAAACACAGUUUGAUCAAAUACAUAACGUAAACGUAUUCUCGAAAAGAAGAGAAGAAAGACGGCGAAACCGCACUCCACCACCAACCUACGAAGAAGUUUCAUCAAUGAUAAAUAUGAGUCGCCGCGAAUUUCCCGCCAGUCAAAGGGAUCGAUCUGCAUCCUCGACCCAGAGAAAUCUCACCAGAAGAGACGAAACUACUAAUCGAGAUAAUGUAAGUAAUGUAAAUGAUGCAGAUGGGAAUUCAGGCCAUAACACUAAUGAU